GUCCAUUCGCCUCACCCACCCCCUCUCCAAAAUCCCCACCCUCUCCUCGGCUGCUCGCGUGCUUUCCCCCUCCGCAAGAAAGAAGCGAAGCAGCUCGCCUCCGCCUCUAGCCCCCGCCCCCAGCCCAAGCACGCUCGCCAACGACCGCCUCGGUUCCCGCGCCUCCUCCUCGCCGUCAUGUACCGCGCGGCCGCCAAACUCGCCUCCAAGGCGCGGCAAGCCGGGAGCAGCGCCGCCGCUCGCCAGGUUGGGAGCAGGCUUGCCUGGAGCAGGAGCUAUGCUGCCAAGGACAUCAGGUUUGGUGUUGAGGCCCGUGCAUUGAUGCUGAGGGGCGUUGAGGAGUUGGCUGAUGCAGUGAAAGUCACAAUGGGUCCCAAGGGGCGCAAUGUCAUUAUUGAGCAAAGCUUUGGUGCACCGAAAGUCACAAAGGAUGGUGUGACUGUUGCCAAAAGCAUUGAAUUUAGGGAUAAAGUAAAGAAUGUUGGUGCAAGCCUUGUGAAGCAGGUUGCUAAUGCAACUAAUGAUACUGCUGGAGAUGGUACCACGUGUGCUACUGUUUUGACAAAAGCAAUAUUUUCUGAGGGGUGCAAAUCUGUAGCGGCUGGAAUGAACGCAAUGGAUUUAAGGCGUGGAAUCUCAAUGGCUGUUGAUGCUGUUGUGACCAAUCUGAAGGGCAUGGCCAGAAUGAUCAGUACGUCAGAAGAAAUUGCACAGGUGGGCACAAUAUCAGCAAAUGGGGAAAGGGAAAUUGGUGAACUUAUUGCUAAGGCUAUGGAGAAGGUUGGCAAAGAGGGUGUGAUCACCAUUGCGGACGGUAACACCCUUUAUAAUGAGCUUGAAGUAGUAGAAGGCAUGAAACUUGACAGAGGUUACAUCUCUCCUUACUUCAUUACCAACCCUAAAACCCAAAAAUGUGAAUUGGAAGACCCAUUGAUCUUGAUUCAUGACAAGAAGUUUUCGAACGCCCAUGCAAUUGUUAAAGUUUUAGAGAUGGCUCUAAAGAAGCAAAAACCGCUACUGAUUGUUGCAGAAGAUGUAGAAAGUGAGGCAUUGGGCACUCUGAUUAUUAACAAGCUUCGUGCAGGCAUCAAGGUCUGCGCUGUCAAAGCUCCUGGAUUUGGGGAAAACAGGAAAGCAAACUUACAGGACCUUGCUAUCCUUACUGGGGCUGAAGUCAUAACCGAAGAGCUUGGAAUGAACGUCGAGAACUUAGAGCCUAACAUGUUGGGUACAUGCAAAAAGGUGACCGUAUCUAAGGAUGACACUGUUAUCCUUGAUGGAGCUGGGGACAAGAAAUCCAUUGAAGAGAGGGCAGAGCAGAUUAGAUCCGCAAUUGAGCAAAGCACUUCUGAUUAUGACAAGGAAAAGCUACAGGAGCGGUUGGCAAAGCUCUCUGGAGGUGUUGCUGUUCUAAAGAUUGGAGGAGCCAGCGAAGCAGAAGUUAGUGAGAAGAAAGAUAGAGUGACAGAUGCACUGAACGCUACUAAAGCUGCUGUGGAAGAGGGUAUUGUACCAGGUGGUGGUGUUGCUCUUCUCUAUGCAUCAAAGGAGCUUGAUAAAUUGCAGACUGCAAACUUUGAUCAGAAGAUUGGUGUACAGAUCAUUCAGAAUGCUUUGAAGGCACCUGUGCACACCAUUGCUUCCAAUGCUGGUGUGGAGGGAGCUGUGGUCGUGGGCAAGCUUUUGGAGCAAGAUAAUACUGACCUUGGUUAUGAUGCCGCUAAAGGUGAAUAUGUGGACAUGGUGAAGGCUGGUAUCAUCGACCCACUAAAAGUGAUCAGAACUGCCUUGGUGGAUGCUGCAAGCGUUUCGUCCCUGAUGACCACCACAGAAUCCAUCAUUGUAGAGAUCCCCAAAGAAGAGAAGGAAGCCCCUGCGAUGGGAGGCAUGGGUGGAAUGGACUACUAAUGCAUCACACCCACGAUACAUGAUCAGAGCCAAUCUGAAAAUGCGGACUAAUAUUUUUUUUUGGCGGUAAUAGUUCUUCUCGCUACUUCUCUCGUUGAUGAGGUGGUUGUCGGACAAUUUUGAGUCUGCGUGGACGUAGGACCUCUCCAAACGGAGCUAGCGUUGGGAGUAAUAAAAACUCGCAGUUGAGAGCUGAAGCUGUAGAACAAAAUUGGAUUCUGGCACCUGUGCCGAACGUCAUUUACUGAGGGAUUACAUUUUUUGCCA